CCCGCCCUCCGGCGGCCGCGGAUUAGCCACCUGGGAGCCCGCGCCCCGGGGCCUCGCCGCCACACUUUCCUGGGAGCGGCGGCCACGGCGGCACCAUGAAGAAGUCCUACUCAGGAGUCACACGGACCUCCAGCGGCCGCCUCCGGAGGCUCGCAGAUCCCACAGGGCCAGCCUUAAAGAGAUCUUUUGAAGUCGAGGAGACUGAACCACCCAACUCCACGCCACCCCGGAGGGUCCAGACCCCUCUGCUCCGAGCCACGGUGGCCGGCUCCAGCCAGAAAUUCCAGGACCUGGGCGCCAAGAACUCAGAGCCGGCUGCUCGCCUUGUAGACUCCCUGAGCCAGCGCUCCCCCAAGCCUUCCCUACGGAGGGUGGAGCUGGGAGGGCCCAAGGCACCGGAGCCCAUGUCUCGCCGCACGGAGCUCUCCAUUGACAUCUCCUCUAAGCAGGUGGAGAGCACCGGCUCAGCUGCUGGGCCCUCACGGUUUGGGCUUAAGCGGGCCGAAGUCCUGGGCCAUAAGACGCCAGAGCCUAUCCCGCGGAGGACGGAGAUCACCAUUGUCAAACCCCAGGAGUCAGUGCACCGCAGGGUGGAGACCCCCGUCUCCAAGGUUCCCGAGGUCCCUGCCGCGCCUGUCGCCGAUGCAGCCCCCAAGAGGGUGGAAAUCCAAGUGCCCAAGCCGGCUGAAGCACCCAACUGCCCACUCCCACCCCAGACCCUGGAGAACUCGGAGGCCCCGAUGUCUCAGCUGCAGAGCAGGCUGGAGCCCAGGCCUCCUGUGGCUGAGGUCCCAUUCAGGAACCAGGAUGGCUCCGAGGUGGCUCCCAGCUGUGUUGGCGACAUGGCCGACAACCCUAGAGAUGCCAUGCUCAAGCAAGCACCCGUGUCACGGAACGAGAAGGCCCCCGUGGACUUCGGCUAUGUGGGGAUUGACUCUAUCCUGGAGCAGAUGCGUAGGAAAGCUAUGAAACAGGGCUUUGAGUUCAACAUCAUGGUGGUUGGGCAGAGUGGCCUCGGGAAGUCCACCUUAAUCAACACCCUCUUCAAGUCCAAAAUCAGCCGGAAGUCGGUGCAGCCCACCUCAGAGGAGCGCAUCCCCAAGACGAUUGAAAUCAAGUCUAUUACCCACGAUAUCGAGGAGAAGGGAGUCCGGAUGAAGCUGACGGUGAUCGACACGCCAGGCUUCGGGGACCACAUCAACAACGAGAACUGCUGGCAGCCUAUUAUGAAAUUCAUCAAUGAUCAGUAUGAGAAGUACCUGCAGGAGGAGGUCAACAUCAACCGGAAGAAACGCAUCCCCGACACGCGCGUCCACUGCUGCCUCUACUUCAUCCCUGCCACCGGCCACUCGCUUAGGCCCCUGGACAUUGAAUUCAUGAAGCGUCUAAGCAAGGUGGUCAACAUUGUUCCAGUUAUCGCCAAGGCUGACACGCUCACCCUGGAGGAAAGAGUCUACUUCAAACAAAGGAUCACUGCGGACCUGCUGUCCAAUGGCAUCGAUGUGUACCCCCAGAAGGAGUUUGAUGAGGAUUCAGAGGACCGAAUGGUGAACGAGAAGUUCCGGGAGAUGAUCCCGUUUGCUGUGGUGGGCAGCGACCAUGAGUAUCAAGUCAACGGCAAGAGGAUUCUGGGAAGAAAGACCAAGUGGGGCACCAUUGAAGUUGAGAAUACCACUCACUGUGAAUUUGCCUACCUGCGGGAUCUCCUCAUCAGGACCCACAUGCAGAACAUCAAAGACAUUACCAGCAGCAUCCAUUUUGAAGCCUACCGUGUGAAACGCCUCAACGAGGGCAACAGCGCCAUGGCCAACGGGGUUGAGGAGAAGGAGCCAGAAGCCCAGGAGAUGUAGAUGCUACCCUGCCCCUGGACCCCACCCCCAAAUCUUUUCAUCGUCCCUGGC